AUGGCAGACUCAGCAGACAAGCCUCCUUUGAAGACGCCUAUCGAACACCCUCUUGAAUCCAGCAAAGUGAAGCCAGCCAGCGAACUCACCGAUGACCAGCUUCAAAAGUACGAAUGGCUUCUUAACCAGGUCAAAAACUGGUCCCAACCAGACUCCGGCGUUACUGUCCCCAAAGACGCGCCAAAGGAUCUCACAGAGGACGAGAAGCGUUGGCUCACGAGAGAAUGUUUGCUCCGUUACCUCCGUGCUACAAAGUGGACCAAAGAGCACUCCGAGAAGCGCCUGAUAGCCACGCUCCUCUGGCGGCGCGAGUUCGGUGUCAACGAGAAGCUGACGCCGGACCACAUCUCGCCUGAGAACGAGACGGGCAAGCAGCUCAUCCUCGGCUACGACAAGGAGGGCCGCCCAUGCCAGUAUUUGAUCCCGGGCCGUCAAAACACAGAGCCCAGCCACCGCCAGGUCGAGCACCUCGUCUUCAUGGUCGAGCGAACCAUCGAGCUCAUGCCGCCGGGGCAGGAGAUGCUGGCGCUGCUCAUCAACUUCAAGACCAGUGCCACCCGGACCUACACCGCGCCGCCGCUGAGCCAGUCCAAGGAGGUCCUGAACAUCCUGCAGACGCACUACCCCGAACGCCUGGGCAAGGCGCUGAUCAUCAACGUACCAUUCUUGGUUAAUGGGUUCUUCAAGCUCAUUAAGCCCUUCCUGGAUCCCGUCACCAAGGAGAAGAUGAAGUUUAAUGAGGACAUGAAGCAGUACGUGCCCGCGGAGCAGCUAUGGACAGAGUUCAGCGACGGCGACCUGAAGUUCGAGUACGACCAUACGGUCUACUGGCCGGCGCUGAUGAAGCUGUGUGAGACAAGGAAGGAGGCCGAGAAGCGGAGAUGGGUUGAGGGUGGCAGUGUCAUCGGGGAGUCGGAACUCUACCUCAAGGGAGCGACUGAGAAGGGCGUGAACAGCGUCGUCGAUGAUGCCGCCGACGCCGUCAAGGAGAAGCUUGCCAUAGGGGAGGGUGAAGCACAAACAACGGAAAAUGGUGCAGUUGAAGGACAGGCUGCUGCGGUCGGUAGUGCCGCGUGA